GUCACUGGUCAGUUCUAGAAGUUCCUAUAAAUUACUCGCUACGCAAGCCUACUUGCGAGUGUCACUCUCUUCUCCUUCCUUAGCCGUCGUCUCUCUCCUUCUCCGGGAUUAAGUCAUUGCAGAAGAUGUCUCGCCAUUGUCACCCAGACUGCCAACGAUCAAUUGCUUCCAAAGAAGAGCAUGAUUCAGCUGAGAGAGCUGCUACGGUGGCGGCUAACCUGAUCAGCGUUACGAGGAAUGUACUCAAGCUGGACCGUGAGAUGACCGAAUACUCUGCUCAGUUCUUGGUGGACAACGCUCUCCUCGAGGAGAAGCCAGGGCAGAGUCCACACAGCUUCUCGUUGACCAUGGAGGACUGUCUGGAGUAUCUGGUGAAAAUGGCUUCUCCCAAGACCGAGGCCGAGCUGGAAGAGAUGGAGAAAGACCAGCAGCGACGCGCCAAGAUCACUGUCAAGGACUGCCUCGAAUGCGCUUUCAAGGAAGGGGUGCCGAGGAGUGAGCACUGGGCGCAUCUGGGAUGCGUCUCCCCUGUUCCUGCGUUUGCUUCGUUCAUUCCUCGCGUGCCUAUGAAAGGGAAAGUGAUCGAGACUCAGAAUCUUGGUUACGCCAUGGAGUUAAUGAAGCAUCAUCCGAUAGCAGCGAAACUUCUUGUCUUCAGUCCUGAGAUUGAACGUGUUGGAAAUGGAGUUUACGUUGGCCCAUCAAGUGCUGGUGGUGGUGGAUCACGUUACGUGGGACUCAGAGACGUGAUCCUAUGUAGAGCGGAGAAGUUCGGAGGAGAUGAUGUGAUGAAUGUGCAGAUCUGCUACAAGAGGAGGACUUUCUUCAUCAAAGUCUCUCUCACCCGCAUGGUUACCACACUAGCGGAUGAUGGAGAUGAGUCUCAGAGCAUUGAGCCGAUGGGUCUUCUUGUGGACUUCGUUGUCCCUCUCAUUUCCAAGUGAAAAUAAGUACCUAGAGAAACACAAUAUGGUAUGUAAUAAAUGAAGUAAUCAUGAAAGAAAAAAACCUUAUGCUAGUUGUUGUGUGACUUUUGUUUGUAGUCUGAUGUUUAAAAUCAUGCUCUAGGAGACUCUUUAUCUACCAGUUAAGAAGUUGUGAUUUUAUAUCAGUUUGUUAGACCGUUUGCUAGUAAUGAUUCCGAUCAACAUC